AUGCAUUCCAUCGAAUGCUCGUCAUUCUGCUCAAAGGCAGCUUCGCCGUUUGGCAUGGUGGGCGGGUGCGUGGCGUGCGUAGAAUCUCGGCCCAACCUGAAGAACGUGGUGUACUGUCACGGCGGCUGCGCGUGGGCGGGCAGGAGGAGUGGACUUUCGCGUGGCCGCCGCUACCUGGCGGCCAAGUGGCGCUCGGAGCGCGACCUGCUGCUUGGGCGACGCUGGGGCCUGCUCGCGGGAGACGUGGAUCCUCAGCAGGUACCUGGAGUGGGCGGUGACGAACAAGUCCGGCAUCGCAAGCAGGACGCGGCGCGCCGUGUCGGCGCCGGUCUCGCAGCAACGCUCAUUGGCCAGCGCCUCGGCCUAACGCCUUCCUGGCGCAGCCAAUGGACCGCAUCCGCGAGU